AAGGAUUAGCACCCUUGAUAAGUUCUGAGAUUCUCAAAAGAACCCUAGAGAAUUUUAGAAUUGACGUAUCUUAUUGUAUUGUGUCACGUGGUGCUACAUGGGUGGAAGGUACCUGGCCGCUGUCACUCUUCUCCGUCUCCGCCGAACAAACACCGUCGGGAUUCUUCCUCACCCAGCUAUUGGUCGGUCAGAGGUCGAACCACACCCGCCAUUCACACCUACAAGCAAUUAGCAUAGAAGAAAAAAGACUUGAGCUUCGAGUCACCGGAAGAAGAAUCAAAUCGAAUCACGUUCCCAUUUUGACAGCAUUUGAGGCUAACGAGGCAGGUCAGGGCAGGUCAGGUCAGGUCAGACUAACAGUUAGACUCAUAUUAUGUUAUCGGAUCAGGUCAAAUUGAAAUUUUUUGACAUAGACUUGGACUUUUCGUGAUAACGCUCAGCCCAAGCACUGAAGCCUUCGUGACAAUAGCAAAUAAAUGAAUUUUAGUCCUUCAUUUUCCAAAUUUAGACAUUGAAGCUGAUAGUUCCUCUACGAGCUGAAGAUUCUUCAGGAGUUUCUUUUCUUCCAAUAUGGAUGACACCAUGAAACAGCUCCAAAAGAAAUUAACAGAGGUGGAAGUGGAAGCUGAACACCUUCUUUUUGCCCGACAACAGCUGGUUGAGAAUGAUAAAUUGAGAAAUGGAAACAGAGAAGCACUUACUGCAUUAAGGAAAAGGGCUCGGACAACAAAUAAUGUUCCAACUCCUUUUGAAUCAAUCAUGAAGGGAGUUGCAGGGACCAGUUCAAGACCUUUGGUGCAAGAGGUGUGUACCACCUGUGGCAACCAUGACUCUUGUGAAAAGACGUGGAUGAUGUUUCCAGGAACUGAUCUGUUUGCCAGAAUUCCAUUUCAUGCUGCUCACACUAUAUUGGAAACAGAUCAAGCACAGCUUGACUUUGAGGCAAAGAGACUACAGAGCAUUGUGAAGGAAAAAUCUUACCUUAUUUCAGAGACAGGUGCCCUUGCUGACAAGAUAAGUCCAGCAAUGCUCAAAUCUCUUGUAACCUUAAAUGACAAGCCAAAGUAAGAUGCUUUGUACCGACUAUAAUGCAAAACCUUGUUGGGGUAUUAACUAGGUAGAAAAUGACAGUGUUUUCUGGAAGAAACUUUCUUGAGGCAUUUAGGUGGCUUAUCUAGUCUGUUGCUUUAAUUUUUGUAUAAAAUGCUUUUU